AGAUAAGGGAGAUUGUAUUGGAGGCUUGCGAAAAGGACCACUACAGCUGAAGUGUAUGAUCAGCCCGGGCCUGAAAAUGAUUGACGCAUGUCAGGGUUUGUUAUAAGCCACCAAAGGGCGUUCAUGCCUCGCCUGAAAUUCGGUUGCGCGUCUCUGGCUCAGCAAAAACUGUCCCCUUUUCUCAAUUCCCACUUCAAACUUUCUCUUAACUGCGAAUCCGCAUCCACUCUUCGCUUCAUUUCUCGAGAUCUUUCCUUUUAACUUCUUCUUUCUUCUAAACGAAUCUCUGUCCUGUGACACGGAAGAGCACCUCUCAAGGUCUUUACCUCUCACCCAUCUUCGUGCCCGAUCACCGCGCCACUCUUCGACCCCCAAACCCAUUCUACGGGACGAUUUAGGACACGUAGCCCUACAUCAAAAAUGGCCGAGGAAGAGAAGAAGAGAUUCCUCGAGGGUAACGAGAUGGAACUGGGAGAGAAGCAAGGAAGAACCUUCAGCAGCCCGCCGUCAUCCUCGACACCCCGUUAUACACCGCACCAUUCGAACAACUGGCAGAAUAAUCCCAUCCUGCCCGUCGUCUGCUACUGCGGUUCUUCAAUCUUGAUGACUGUCUCGAACAAAUACAUCCUUUCGUUCCCCGACUAUAACCUCAACUUUUUUCUUUUGGCUGUUCAGGCCAUUGUCUGCGUCGUGGCUAUUCAAUCCUGCAAGAGUGCCGGGAUCAUCACAUAUCGGGACUUCAAGACUGAUGAGGCAAAGAAAUGGUUUCCCAUUUCUCUCCUUCUCAUCGGCAUGAUUUACACGAGCACAAAGGCCAUUCGAUAUCUCUCAAUUCCUGUCUACACAAUCUUCAAGAACCUGACUAUCAUCUUGAUCGCAUACGGCGAAGUGCUGUGGUUUGGUGGUUCUGUCUCGCCCAUGGCCCUCCUCUCCUUCGGAUUGAUGGUGCUUAGCUCGGUUAUCGCUGCUUGGGCGGACAUCAAGCACGUCCUGGAGUCGCACGGCACGGCAUCUUCUGCUGCUGCUCAGCAAUUGGCAACACUGAAUUCAGGUUAUAUCUGGAUGUUGGCAAAUUGCCUGUCUACUGCCGCGUAUAUUUUGGGCAUGCGCAAGCGCAUCAAGCUCACCAACUUCAAGGAUUUUGACACCAUGUUCUACAACAACUUGUUGACCAUUCCUGUCCUCCUGAUCUCUUCGUUCCUCGCCGAAGACUGGUCUGGGUUGAACUUGUCCAAGAACUUCCCUCCCGAGUCCAGGAAUGGAAUCAUCGGAGCCAUGAUAUUCACUGGUCUAUCAUCCAUCUUCAUCUCAUAUACCUCGGCGUGGUGUGUACGAGCAACCUCUUCGACCACCUACUCAAUGGUUGGCGCACUGAACAAGCUGCCCAUUGCUGUAUCAGGUCUCAUCUUCUUCGAUGCCCCCGUCACGAUCCCCAGUGUCUCGGCCAUCUUUGUUGGUUUCGUCAGCGGUAUUGUGUACGCAGUCGCAAAGGUCAGAGAAUCGGCGAGGCCAAAGACGGGCAUCCUCCCCACAUCGAGCAUCCCUAUGAGCGCAAGCAGCCAGAGCAACCGGGAUAGUUUAAAAGCAUGAUGAGGCCAUUUCAGUGCCUGUGUGGGUUCUCCCUUUUCUGCAGCACUGUGUGUCUUUCACUGGUGACUGUUGUAUUUCAAGCAUUGCGUGGCGCCUGGCUGGGGAUUCUGUAGAGGAUGUGCAACAUUAAUGGCUAUUCAUGAGAGGGUCGAUUAACGAGAAUAGGGAACCUUGAAUUUUCUCCCUCGAUUUAGACUUGUUAGAGUAAAGGUUUCGGAUGGUGUCUUUCUGCGGAGUACUAAUAUUUAUAUCCCUGAGAAAUGAAAUUUGAAAUAACCGCCAUUGUCAUACAUUGUAUACUGUAGAUGGGGG